GUAGCUACUCUAUAUAAACAUUGGAGCUGUCUAGGGUUACGAAAUUAUGCAAAUUUAGCGAAGGGUUUCUAAGGUGAUCGGCCGACGAAGAAGACGAUGGGACAUUCAAACGUGUGGAAUUCACAUCCGAAGAACUAUGGACCUGGUUCUCGCACUUGCCGUGUCUGUGGGAACCCCCAUGGAUUGAUCCGCAAGUAUGGCCUGAUGUGCUGCAGGCAGUGUUUCCGUAGUAAUGCCAAAGAAAUUGGCUUCAUUAAGUACCGCUGAAAAUGGAGAUAUGAUCUUGAAAGGCUGCAGAUAUUAGCAUGUUGGUCACUUGUUUCUUCUUCACUUCGUCUAUUUAUAUUUAUAUUAUAUAUCAAAAAAAGAGGGGCCGACAAUGAUGGGGUAGUGCAUGCCCCAAUUGAAAUUUUGAGGGGCACCCUUUCCCCAUGAAGUUUUAUUUCGUUUUCCUUGAUUCUGCCAGAAGUUUAUUUUCAAGAUUAGGUAUGGAUGUAGUAGUUUCCUUGAAAUAUGCUUCGAUGAUGGUAGUAUUAGAGUCUUAAGUUUUAGUUUAUUGUGUAAGUUUAGUUAUUUUGCUUUCUAACAGAUUCUUCCAUGUAUGUCCUUGAAUAACAGUUUCUAGAAUUCUAUAUGCAUGAUGCCUUAAUUUAUAUUCGUAA